GACAAGUUGCUUCAGUCAAAACAAUCAGGAAGACGAAAAUUGUUGGAACUGUAAGACAGGACUGCAAGCCAGGGAUACAUACAUUUCUAUCUCAGCUUCUUUUAAUUCCGUCGUUUACCCCAGAAGUCUAAAUUAAUGUAAUUUAACCUUCAUACGGUCAUAAUUCGAAGUUCCGCCCAGGCUUGUGUUUUGAAGCCACAGUUGUGUUAAGAAACGCGCGACUUUCAGAGAGUAAACAGAACGACUAACCCAACAUGGGCAAUGGAAUGAAUAAGGUUGUUGAUGGCCUUUACCUUGGGAAUAUAAGAGAUGCAGAAAAUCGACAAAGCCUGUCACAGAAUGGCAUCACCCACAUCCUCUCUGUGUACAACAAUGCCCAUCCCGUAUUUCAGGACAAGACCUAUCUUUGUAUUCACGCAGCAGAUGCUUCCAGCGAGAAUCUGUUGCAACAUUUUAAAGAAUGCAUCCGCUUCAUCCAUGAAUGUCGCCUGAAUGGCGGAGCGUGUCUGGUUCACUGCCUUGCAGGUGUGUCACGUAGCACUACCAUGGUGGUGGCCUACCUGAUGACUGUCACCCAGUACAGCUGGGAGGAGUGUCUCACCGCAGUCAAGGCCGUUCGUUCUGUUGUCGGCCCGAACUGCGGCUUCCAGGAGCAGCUGCAGGAGUACCAGACAACACAAGUCUCGGAGUACCGAGCGUGGUUGGAGUCCAGUUUCCAAGCCAGUCCGUUUAAGGACCAGGAGCAGGUGGCCGCCUUGUUGGUCCAAUACACGGAGCAACAGGAGAACCAGAGACAAGCUGGUGACCAGCGCUGGAUAAAACGGGACGUGGACAUAUGCUCCCUUCCGCCCACCCCGGCUCAUCCUGAAGGCAGCAGCUGAAAACACGAAGCCCGGCACCGACUCACCUGACAAAAUACUUAAUUUAUUCUCCACGCUAACCUCCUUGAUUUCGGUUUGAUUUCGAUGCAGGCUGUGCGCACCUCACUCCUAGUACCUCCUUGUUUCCUUCACCGAGCCCAUCAGUGCUCAGACGCCUUACUCGAAAAGCCUCAGCACCUUAGCCAUGAUGACAUCACCUGUGCUUCCAUGUGAUCCUCUCGACGUGUUGCAAUAUGCUCAGCAGCCUUAAAGAUUUGUGAUUUGCCUCCGAUUACAAAGGUAGUCUACCUGUUUUGGUAGUGUACUGCUUUACUGAUUUUGUCUAAAUGGG